UAUGACUCUUGCCAACCGCAGCCGUCCCCCAAAAAACAAGAAGAAGAGGAAGAACAGGAAGAAGAGGAAGAAGAAGAAAAGUCCGCGCAUUGCGAACCUGUUGAUGUUCAGCGGUUGUUUGUGAAGCAGAUUUCAUCCGCCUCACUAUGUUGAUAAACCCUGAAGAGGAAGCCCUGAUUGGUCGAGUUUUUGAAACCUAUCUGACAGACCAUCAUCAUCAUGACAUUCUCCAGCUCAUCACUGAUAUAAAUGAAGAUACUCAUGUCUCUGUUGUGGUUAAUGCCAUGACAUUGUUUGAAGCCAAUAUGGAGGUUGGGGACUAUUUUAAUGCAUAUCCAAAAGAUGUCUUGGCUGUAUUUGAUGAGGUGUUACAGAAAAAAGCUUUGGAUUUAACAGAUGAUGCUUCUCUCAGAGACAAAAGACAAGGAUCAAAAAAGAAAAGCACGAAGCAGAUAUAUCACACCCGCAUCACAGGUCUGCCAGUGUGUGCAGAACUAACUAGACAUACCAUUCCGAGAUCCAGAGAUGUGGGACACUUUUUGUCUGUGACUGGUACUGUCAUACGUACCAGUGUGGCUAAGGUUUUGGAGUAUGAACGUGACUACAUUUGCACAAAGUGCCGACAUGUUUUCAAGGUGCAAGCUGAUUUUGACCAGUUCUAUACCUUUGUCCAACCUGUGGGCUGUCCAAAUCCUGUUGGUUGUAAUUCCAGUAAAUUGAGCUGUCUGUCUGAAGGAUCUGAGCCUGCUGCCUGUAGGGAUUACCAGGAAAUCAAGAUACAGGAGCAAGUGCAGAGGCUGUCAGUGGGCAGUAUUCCUCGUUCUUUAGUGGUAGUUCUGGAGGAUGACCUGGUUGACAGCUGUAAAUCUGGUGAUGACAUAACUGUUUAUGGUGUGAUGUGUCUCCGCUGGAAGCCCUUUUAUGAUGGUUCUCCCUGUGAUGUGGAGUUGGUCCUCAGAGCUAACAACAUAGAAGCAAAUAACCAGCAGGCUGCUGCUGAUUUGUUGGGAAGAGAUGUUCAGGAAGAAUUUGAAGAGUUCUGGGACAGCUACAAACAGAAUCCACUAGCUGGUCGGAAUGAGAUCUUGUUGAGUCUGUGUCCACAGGUUUUUGGCAUGUAUGUAAUUAAGCUGGCCGUAGCAAUGGUUCUGGCUGGUGGGGUGCCGAGAAUCGACUCUUCUGGGACCAAAGUUAGGGGAGAAUGCCAUAUGUUGCUGGUUGGUGAUCCUGGUACAGGGAAGUCUCAGUUUCUGAAAUAUGCAGCCAAGGUUAUAUCCCGAUCUGUACUUACAGCUGGAAUUGGAUCAACCAAUGCUGGCCUGACAGUUGCUGCAGUAAAAGAUGGAGGUGACUGGCACCUGGAAGCUGGAGCCCUGGUCCUGUCCGAUGGUGGUUUGUGCUGCAUUGAUGAAUUUAACAGCAUCAAGGAGCAUGACCGCAUCAGCAUUCAUGAAGCUAUGGAGCAACAGUCAAUCAGUGUAGCCAAAGCUGGAAUGGUGUGCAAGCUGAAUACGCGAACAAGCAUCUUGGCAGCUACCAAUCCUAAAGGACAGUAUGAUUCCAGGGAGCCUCUCUCUGUGAAUGUAGCUCUGGCCAGUCCUUUGCUUAGUCGUUUUGACCUAGUUCUAGUUUUACUGGACACCAGAAAUGCAGAGUGGGACUGUAUCAUCUCCUCUUUUAUUCUGAAGGACCAAGGAAUUACUGCUGAGCCCAGUAGGUUCUGGUCCAUGGAGAAAAUGAAAGCUUAUUUCAGUGUGAUUAAACAGCUGCAGCCACGGGUGUCAGAAGAAGCCAAGUACAUCUUGACUCGUUAUUACCAGUUACAGCGCCAGCAGGAUGGUCACAAUGCCGCCCGCACAACUAUUCGCAUGCUGGAGAGUUUGAGCAGACUUGCUGAAGCACAUGCCAGGCUGAUGUACAGAGAGACGGUUACCAUCGAAGAUGCUGUUACUGCUGUGUCAGUUAUGGAGUGCUCUAUGCAGGGCAGCGCUCUGCUGGGAAAUGUAAAUGCAUUGCUAACCACGUUCCCCACUGACCCUGUUGAGCAGUAUCAAACCCAGUGUCAGAUGCUACUGGAAGGACUGAACCUACCUGUGCUUCUCCAGAGUGAGAUGGACAGGCUGGCCAGGCUGAGGAGCAUUACCCCAGUGACGCUUAACUGUGAUCCAUCACUUACCUCAUACCAGCGUCAAUCACAUGGUUCCAUCAACGAAACUCAAAACUCUGGAUGCUCCAGUGACCUAAAGAGUUGUGUAACUAUUGAGAGUGGUUUGGACCAGCUCCCUGCCAUCAGCCCAUCACUGCCCACAGAUGAUGUGAUCCUACCCACAAUUACAUCAACUCAAGGAAACCCAAAUAAUUCUCCAAACAUUAGUUUGUCAGGAUCAUCAGCAGUAAUCAUACAGCAAAGUGGAUUUGAGAGAAAAGAUCAGAGACACCUGCCUGAGACAAAGGGCAAUAACACUUUGCUAAGUGAAAAGAUGCCAGCUGGAACAUGUACAAACCUGCAUGCAAAACUGGCAGCUUUUAUUUUCAAACCCAGGGAAAAGAAACCGCCUGACCAUAUUAGUAUAGAGUAAAAACGUUAAGGAUAAAAGGAAUGAAUACACACAAUCUAGUUAGUCAUUAUGACUUGGCCAGCCAACUUGUGGCAAGCAAAGAAGAGGAAACAAAUGGAAAAAAAUAGAUGGUCAUUCCGAAGACUGCACAACCAAACCUACAACAGCUCAGACUUAUUUAGAAAAAAACCUUCACAUGAAACAGAAACAUUUAAGUAAAAUCUAAAGCAGUCACAUCUUACUCGUGUUUUACACCAACAUGUGAAACCUGCAAGCGAUGGUGUAGUGAAUAUAAGGAAAAGAAGUGCUUCAAGAAAUUAAUGAUGGUUCUAAGCAGUUUCUCCCAACUGACCUAUCUAGUGAUGUCCUUGACACCGACUGGGACAAAGAAGUUUCAAAGACAGCCAAAGCCCGAGAUGACUCAGUAGUAUAGUGAAGAGCAGAAUUUCUUUUUUUCUCAAAAAAUGUCUUGGUUAAAAGAUUCUUAAACUCAUCAGGAGAAAUUGUUCAUGUUUUACUUUGUUAAAUGUAAAUUCUGAGUGAAAGCAGAGAGUCUGUUUAUUUACCUUCAUAUCAGAAGGUGUCUGCCACAGAAAAAUAAAGCAUAAGAAUCUCUGAAACAUUAAAAAAAGAGUUUCUUCUUGGAUUUCUGCUUUUGUCCUAUGGGGAAGUGAGAUGAUGCUUAACAACUUGCUGGAAUCCAAAUAUGAGAAAUGGAAAAAACAACAAGCUAUGGUAUGGAUAAACCUUUUUCCAUUCAAGUUGGACAAGUUCUUUAUGGUAAAAAAAUGGUAAAUGGCCUGAACUUGUAUACCGCUUUAUCAAGUCCACAGAGAUAGAGACCCCAAAGCGCUUUACACUACAAUCAGUUAUUCACCCAUUUAUACACUGGUAAGCUACAAUAUAGCCACAGCUGCCCUGGGGCGCACCGACAGAAGUGAGGCUGCCAUAAACAGGCGCAACCAAGCCCUCUGAACACCAUCAGCAGGCAAGUCAGGUGAAGUGUCUUGCCCAAGGACACAAAGACUGAGAUGGACAGAGCGGGGGUUCAAACCGACAAUCCAUCAGUUACAGGACAAAUUCCACCACCUGAGCCACAGCCGCCCCAUAACUGACAAGAAUGUGAAACUCAUGUCAUUACUGUGCUUUUAUGGUAGGGGUUGGCGAUAGGGGGUUUGAAGUUUAUAACAAUAUUUUGUGGUACUAUUGUGAUAACGGUAUGUAAUGAUAGUAUUGAUUAAAAAAAACGCUAUUACUUCAAUUCACUCUUUUUUAGGUAACUGUAUAGCUGUAACUCCAUGGUAUGAAAAUCAUGGCCCCACCAAAAGAAAAACUGCUCUUGAAAAAAUACCCAUUUGAAAUAGGCUUCUUUAGGAGACCAGUUAGAUAAAGAAGUGUGGUGUUAUCGCUAAACUCCACAGAGUAACUGCAUUUAAUCAUAUUUUUUAAUUUAUUGAUAUUUAUUGAUGCUCUCAUAAAAUAAAUCAAUGGGAAAUCGUAAAAAUAACAAUUCCAACAAUACAGACAGUUACAGUACAGUUACAACACAGUUUUUGAACUUGGGCGACUGCAGCUCAGUGGGAAGAGUAAUCAUCUUGCAAUCUGAAUGUUGUGGGUUUGCUUCCAUCUUCCUCCUACCACAUGUCGAUGUGACCCUGGGCAAGGCCCAAUCUGCUUACCAACCUGCAUAUCGUAUCAAUGUGUGAACGUUUGUGAGUGCAACUGGGUGAAUGUGGCUCUGGCUCGAAGUGCUUUGAGUGGUCGAUAUGUCAAUUUGAAUUUAUCUUUGUUACGAUAAAUUUUGCAAUAAACAUAAAUGAUACAAUGAA